CUAAAAGGUGGAGGGAGCAUUUUUAUAUUUUCCUCAGCAGUCAAAGGAGCUUUGCUAACUGUUCAGAUAUGUAUGACAUCUGACAGGGUAAGGGAUGAGAAUAUACUCAAUGAGAUAGGAAAGUUUAUAUUUAGAGGAAAUUAGGAAAUUAAUAUGAGAAAGAUUUGAGCCAGUUGCUCUGGAAAUGCAGUAUAAGAUUGUGUCUCAGAUGAUACCUCUGGCCUGGAUCUAAGGCCUACAGCCUCUCUUACUGACCCUUAAAGACCAAGCUGUCAGGUUUGUUUCAGUGGCUCAGGCUUUUGUCAUAACAACUCUGUAUUUGGGUAUAUUCAGGGAGAGAGGUCAUUGUUCUGUCAUUUUUGCUGUCCUUGUUCUCAGCAGAUUGGAGCAGCUCUUCAUGUCUAUUCACUGGGGCUUAGAAACACUCAGACUGGCAGUGGGUUUCCUGCAGAGUGCCUCACUUGCAGGGAUGUGUUUGCCAUUCAUCUUUUCCCUUUGCUGUUCACAGAUUAACCGUGCUGAUAAGGAAGCAACUUCAUAGGAGCUGCUAAGAUGGGCAUGAGGAUCAAACUGCAAAGCACCAACCACCCCAACAACCUGCUGAAGGAACUCAACAAGUGCCGGCUCUCGGAGACCAUGUGCGAUGUCACCAUUGUGGUGGGGAGCCGCUCCUUCCCAGCCCACAAAGCUGUGUUGGCCUGUGCAGCUGGCUACUUCCAGAACCUCUUCCUGAAUGCUGGGCUUGAUGCCGCCAGGACCUAUGUUGUGGACUUUAUCACCCCUGCCAACUUUGAGAAGAUUCUGAGCUUUGUCUACACAUCAGAGCUCUUCACAGACCUGAUCAAUGUUGGGGUUAUCUACGAGGUAGCUGAGCGUCUGGGUAUGGAGGACCUCCUCCAGGCCUGUCACUCCACCUUUCCUGACCUGGAGAGCACUGCUGUGGCCAAGCCUCUGACCAACACCAGUGAGAGCCACUCUGGAACCCUGAGCUGUAGCUCAGCAGAACCUGCCCAUCCCCUUGGAGAACUCCGGGGUGCUGGGGAGCACUUUGGUCCUGAUAGAAACUAUGUCUUACCUAGUGAUGCUGGAGGAAGCUAUAAAGAUGAAGAGAGAAAUGUUACCAGUGACUCUAACCAUAGCCUGCCUCUGCCACAGCAGCCACUGCCGCCAAAGACAGAAGACCAUGAUAAUCCUGCUCCUUUCACAUCUGUACCUAAUGUGGUGACCCAGCCAAUCCUAGGCACUGUCAGCAUGGGCAUCCAAACCAGCACGAGCUCCUGCCAGCCAUACAAACUUCAGAGCAAUGGAGACUUCAGUAAAAACAGCUUCUUUUCCCCUGAUAAUGCAAUAGACGUUACCACUGGGAACAACUCCUGUCUGAGCAAUAGUGACCACUCCAAAGAUCCAGGCUUUGAGCAGAUGGAUGACCUCCAGCUGGAGGACCUAGGGGAUGAUGACUUGCAGUUUGAAGACCCCACUGAGGAGAUAGGCACAGCUGAGGAGGUGAUUGAGUUGAGUGACGACAGUGAGGAUGAACUGACUUUUGGAGAGAAUGACAACCGAGAGAAUAAGGCCAUGCCCUGCCAGGUGUGCAAGAAAGUUCUAGAGCCCAACAUUCAACUGAUCCGACAGCAUGCUCGGGACCACGUGGACCUGCUGACAGGCAACUGCAAGGUAUGUGAGACCCACUUCCAGGACCGAAACUCCCGGGUGACCCAUGUUCUGUCUCAUAUCGGUAUUUUCCUCUUCUCCUGCGACAUGUGUGAAACUAAGUUCUUUACCCAGUGGCAGCUUACCCUCCACCGACGGGAUGGAAUAUUUGAGAACAAUAUCAUUGUCCACCCCAAUGACCCGCUGCCUGGGAAGCUGGGUUUGUUUUCAGGGGCAGCCUCUGCAGAGUUGAAAUGUACUGCCUGUGGGAAGGCAUUGGCCAAAGAUUUCCACGUGGUCCGGGGCCAUAUCUUAGACCAUCUAAACUUGAAGGGCCAGGCCUGCAGUGUCUGUGACCAGCGCCACCUCAAUCUCUGCAGCCUCAUGUGGCACAUGCUCUCACAUCUUGGCAUUUCAGUCUUCUCCUGCUCUGUCUGUGCAAACAGCUUUGUGGACUGGCAUCUCCUAGAGAAGCACAUGGCUGUGCACCAAAACCUGGAAGACACCCUCUUCCGCUGCCACUUGUGUAGCCAGAGUUUCAAGUCGGAGGCUGCCUAUCGCUACCACGUCAGCCAGCACAAAUGCAACAGUGGCCUUGACCCACGGCCUGGCUUUGGGCUACAGCACCCAGCUCUCCAGAAGCGGAAGCUGCCAGCAGAGGAGUUCCUGAGUGAGGAGCUGGCUCUACAGGGCCAACCUGGGAAUAGCAAGUAUAGCUGCAAAGUCUGUGGCAAAAGAUUUGCCCACACAAGCGAGUUCAACUACCACAGGCGGAUCCAUACGGGCGAGAAGCCGUACCAGUGUAAGGUGUGCCACAAGUUCUUCCGAGGCCGUUCAACCAUCAAGUGCCACCUGAAGACGCACUCAGGGGCCCUCAUGUACCGCUGCACGGUCUGUGGCCACUACAGCUCCACCCUGAACCUCAUGAGCAAGCAUGUGGGCGUGCAUAAAGGCAGCCUUCCGCCCGACUUCACCAUUGAGCAGACCUUCAUGUACAUUAUCCAUUCCAAAGAGGCAGAAAAGAACCCGGACAGCUGACUGGGUCCCAGCAGAGCCAAGGGGAGCUCCCAAGUGGCAGCCAGGACACUGAUUUUCUAAUGGCUGUUUGUCCCACCCCAGCUGAAGUUACAAUUUUGCCUUGUUAGGAAUUCUGUUCUGUCUUGUGUUUAAAGAAGAAAAUAGAAGAAAUAGCACAUGAGCUGUUACUGUUUUUGAGAAGCAAUGGCCCUAUCAUGUUUACCUCCUUGCCUGUUCUUGCCCAUGAAGGGCUAAGUUUUUGAUUCUUUUGAGGCUGGUCUUGGGAUCUCGUCAGGCAGUUGAUGUCAACUAGAUCCCCUUCCCCAGCCUCUCGAGUUUUAUGCUGCUAAGAAUCCAACCAACAGCCUCACUGAAUAGAGGAGGGGGAGAGAGGUUUUCACUGUGGGUAUUAACUGCCAGACCUCCAACUGGGACAACCAAGUAUGAGAAAGAUUUUGGCAUUGUGAUCAUUUUUAAAAGACUAGUUAGCAGAGCAGCUCACCUCAGGUUCCAGUCUCAGCCCUCAACAGGGAAAAGGCAACAGAGAUAGAGGUGCCUGCUUGUCCCAUGGUUCUAAUCUGCUGAUUAGACAGUUAAAUCUUUUGGAAGCUAGAUCCAAACUGGGGACUAAACUUUCUAUUUAGAUCAGAAAGCUUUGGGAUGAAUCCUUGCCAGCCAAAAGAGGUCCUGCGAUGCCAUUAGAAGUGGCAGCCUGGAUGGACCAGAAGGGAGGUUUCUCUUUUCUCCUCAAUUCCAAAGAAACAUGAUUUUAUGGAGUGAUGGCCCAGGACAUCAGACCUUCCCUGUGGGGCAAAGAGAUCAGGGAGCCAUUUGAUAUAUCAGUCAUCUGUUAUCUGGCCACCUCCAUCAACCUUGAAUUUUCUGUUGGAGAGGUGGGGAUGUCUCUGACAGCAGCAGCCUUGCCUUAAUUUAUAUCCUGUCUCCCACCUAGAAGUGUGUUUGACCUGUAGUAGAGAUGAGAGGACCCCAUGAGGUGGAAUGGUGGACUGGGAGUCUUCAGCAUUAAAGGGACUGAGUAACUGGUGGUGUGUAGUGGGAUGCCUCUCUGUCUGUCCCAGUUGGGUAACCUGUUUUGUGCAACUGGGCAGGAGCCUUGGCAGCUGACUUUUGACCUGCUGGAAUUUUUCCUGAUCUGUCUCUGCGUUGCCACUAGGGGGCGCUAUUGGCUGCCAGCUAGUUCAGGCCCUUCCUAGAUGGCUGGGAAACAUUUCUGCCCAGCCCAUGGGACUUUGUUCUUAGUUGGCUUUUGAGGAAGGUCUUGCCCAAAGAAGGCUUGAAUGAGAGGGCCCUUGAUCUCACGUACUCAUUGGCUCACCUCAGUAACUCAUACUACCUCACCUGCUCUGGGAGUCCCUGGCUUGGGCCCUGACACUGUCCCUGGUGGGACUCAGCAGCACCCCGGGCUAUUUCACAUGCAAGUGGUUUUAAUGAACUCAAAGCUUUUUUGGACGUUAAUAUUUAUUUAUUUUUAUUUUUGUAUGCAUAUUACCCAGCAUCUCUUUUGGAUAAGAGACUUCAGGAAAAUAAGUUUCUUCCCAGCAAGGAGCCAUGUUCCAGGGGAGAAUCCUAGCCAAAGAUUUGGAAAAUAGGCUAGAACUGGGAAAACAUGUCAAGCCUUUAAACAGGCAUAUUCUUUUCUUUCUCCCCAGGUAGGCUCUUGCCGAAUAAACCCAGGGAACCCUUUAGGCAGUGGAUGUAAGUUCUAGAAAUUGAGGGCUUGUUAAAUUCCUAGGCCUUUCCUCCUCCUUCCAUCCUGUGAUGGAGUAGAUUGGGGACUGGGCCAAGGGGACCAAAUCACAUGAAGGACCUUUUUGCACAUUUUCUCAUCCCUCCUAAACUCGGAAAGCUGUAUUAAGACAUAUAGGCAAACCAAAGCUUCAUCUUUGGUGUACCUGUGGCCUCUCUCCCCAGCCCUAAACUUACAAAGCCUCCGAGUUGGAGUGCAUGGCUCUCUGGUGGGAUGACCACUACAUGAAGGGACUUGUGUACCGGGCCACCUUUCACCAUCCAAACCCAGUUCGUUACAUCUUCCCUCGGGACGUUCUUGUCAGGAAAGCAGUCCUGAGACUUUUCAUCUGUGGCUGGCUUCUCCCUUUUCCACACUGACCAUUAGAAAUUUAAGAAGGAAGAUGUGUAAAAGACUACCAUCAAGUGUCUGCUAAGCUUUUCAAGGCUGAGCAAUCCCUCCCAGACUGUGGGUGAGGGCUGGUUUUUGAGAGAGGUAGUACUAGACCCAGCCCGGUAUCUGAGAAUGUAUCAGUACUCUGGAAAAACCCUUUUCCUUAACAGAGGGCACAUGGAUGCUGGGUAGUCUGUAUACUUAACCUGAAACUGUGAAAUAUUCCCUCUUUGCCAGUAAACCAAAAAGCAAAUCCUUGAAACUUUGCCCCUGAAACACUAAACAAAAAACUGCACCCUCUGAUCUUCCUGAGGCCAAGUGGUUGAUCAGGGUGGCCGGGUUGUUUGCAGUCAGACAUGUAGCAGGGUCAAUAGCUCAUGAGGCCAUUGACCAAACCCUGUUCCCCCACGUGUCCCCUGUAUUCACACCUGACCCCUCCCUCUGUUUGGAGUCAUGUUUGCUGCCUCUGCCUCUAGCUCACUCAUUUCUGAACUGUUUUACUUGAAACACUGUAGUGUGGUAAAGGGCACUCCAGGAUACCUAGUGGAAGGUAUUAAUUUUAUUUUUAGUUUUUUAUUUUUUCAACCUUCUAUUCGUUUGGUUUUGUUGACCCUCUGCCCUGGAACUGUUGAGUACUGUCUCCUGCUGUAUUGUCCCGAGGUUCUGUGUGACCCUUGAAUGUCUUUUCUCCUGCCUUUCCCUCCUUUUCCUUGUUCUGUACCCCAGACCGGCCACAUACUUGGCAGAGUCCUUUGUUUAAAAAUUAUUAAGAAUUUCAAGAUGGCAGUUGUAGAAUAUUAAACCAAGCAUGAGGUUAUUCUCAACCUGUUUCCUAGGGGAAGAGGAUGACACUUGUAAGGCACACUGGGAUAAAGAGCAGAGGCUGCUUGUGGCCAGAGGAAGCAAUCGCUAUCCCGGCUCUUCUGUGCCCCACUGCCUCACUGGGAAGCUCUGCUGUACCCUCAUUUUGGGUCCUAAAUUUUAGGACGCCAUGGAGUCUAUAGUUCAUGGCUAGUUGGGAAGAAAGGAGGUGGGGGUGGGGCUCUGUCCUUGGUGACCUCUAAGAACCAGAAUAUGGGUAAAAGUUCUUUUUGACUUCUGAUCUACCAGCCCCCUUUGUCCAAGCCUUUGGGCUUAAAUACCUUUUUCCCAGUUGGGUUUUGCUACUGAUGAUUUUUCUUCCUCUUCUGGCCUCCUGCUGUGCCCUAUUUUCCCAGACUGCUCCACUGUGGAAGUGAAUUUAAAUCCUUUUAUAGAUGGACACUGAUUUUAUUGGCAUGGGAGUAGGCUGUAUAGAGAAGUUUGUGCCCAUCUGGGAGUCACUACACGUCCCUUUUCCUAAAUCCUGCACUGAAUGAGAGUCAGGAAGUAGGGCCCACAGCAUUCAUUUCAGUGUGGUUACUCAUCAGGUUGACAUCAGGAUGAAAAUCAAACUGUUUGGAUUUCAAUGUUUCUCUAACACUCUUCCCUUGUCCAGUCCACCCUCCCCUCCCACCUCUCUACUAGCUAACAUCUCUUAUGAAACGGAGAAGAGUUGUUGAUGUCUAACUCCUUCCAUUAAAUUAAUAAGUACUGACCUCCUAAUAUUUAAGUGUUUACUAUCUAUUGCUGUAAAGUUUUGUAUAUUUUGUAAACUUUUUCCCCCCAAAUAGUAGAUGUCUAAAAUCGUUGUACAUCUGAUUCUUUUAUAUUCCAUUGUUCGGCACAAAGUGUGGUUUUUAUUUAGAAUAAAAAAAGGAAAUUGGAAA